UGUACCCAAGAUAUUUAUUACAAAAGACAAGUCGGAACUCGUUUGAUGCUUGUCCUUCCCGGUCUUCUCCACCACCCUCUAUGCCUUUAAAUCCCUACAACAUUAAUUAUAUUUGUCAAAUAUAAUAUUUAAAAUAAAAAGGGAAAGAACAAAAAUUUUGAGCAUUAAUUCCCAAAGCCCAUUUUCUCACUCUUUCCCUGCUGCAAACUUAUAAUUUCUCUUUCCCUCCCUCUCUCUCUCUCUCUCACCAAUAAAGUCUAGAGGAGGCUGUGUGUAAAAAGGAGAGUUUUUGCUUUGAGUUUGAGAUUGUUUUAUUGUGGGUUUGGUGGUGGUUAGAGAGUAAUAUUGUGGCUGUUUGGAAUUAAAGAAAGAGAGAGACAAACAUGGGAAGGACACCAUGUUGUGAUAAGAAGGGUUUGAAGAAAGGGCCAUGGACAGCUGAAGAGGAUGAACUUCUUGUUAACUAUAUUAAAAAAAAUAAUGGCCAUGGAAGCUGGCGUUCUCUUCCCAAGCUAGCAGGUCUUCUUCGGUGUGGGAAGAGUUGCAGGCUUAGGUGGACAAAUUAUCUUAGACCAGAUAUUAAGCGUGGUCCUUUCACUCAGGAGGAAGAGAAGCUCAUCAUACAGCUUCAUGGCAUGCUCGGAAAUAGGUGGGCUGCUAUAGCUUCACAACUACCAGGAAGAACUGAUAAUGAGAUCAAGAAUCUAUGGAACACCCACUUGAAGAAGCGUCUAAUUGGGAUGGGGCUUGACCCACUAACCCAUGAACCCUACAACUCUCACUCUCCAACUACCAAACCACCUGCAUCUCCUGCCACUCGUCACAUGGCUCAAUGGGAGAGUGCUCGUCUCGAAGCUGAGGCUCGCCUUUCCCGGGAAUCGUCCAUCUUCGGUGCUCAACCUCUUCCUCCUCUUCCUCAUCAACCAACAAAAAUAGACUCCGAUUACUUUCUUCGACUGUGGAACUCCGAAGUCGGAGACUCCUUCCGCAAUGUUACGGGCCGAGGUGAUCAUAAAGCGGCCUGCCAUAGCCCGACCUCCCAGGCUUCCUCGUCGACAAAAUGUGGUUCGGUUUCGGCUGUCACGACAGAUCAAGUUAGCCCUCAGUUGAUUGGGUUCUCAGCAGGAAUGGCUUCAGGAAACCAAAAUGAAGAAAUGAUGGAGUGCAAGAGCUGCAAAUCAAACACUGAAGAAGUGAUUUGUGGUGGGUCUGAUUCCUCAAGCUCCAUUGAUGAUAUGGAUGAUUGUUCAGACACUGCAUUUCAGUUACUGCUUGAUUUCCCCAUUAACAAUGACAUGAGCUUCUUGGAAGAAGGAAACAGUCAUGAUGAAUAUGCCCCAGCUCCUGCUUCUAUGUUCAAUAUGGAGAAUUCUUUCUUAUGCCCACUCUGAAUUAAGAGCAUGGUUUUUGUUGUUAUAUUUUGGGGAAAAAAAACAAAAAACUCAUGAACUGUUAGCUUGAAGUUUUGCUGGUGUUUGCUCUAUAUAUUUUAUGUAUUCAAGAUGUCAAGUGAGUGAAUCAGGGUACUAAUUUUAUUAGUUCUUUUAGCUUUUGAUGGUUUAGAGGGCAAUUUAUAGUGCCAGCUUGUACCAUCUAUUAGGUUUUUUUUACCAGAACUUGUUAUGGAUUCAGUAUGUAUAGAGCUAAAUUUUAUAUCUAUAUAUAUAUAUAUAUAUUAUAUUCCUUUUC